UGAGUUUCAGGCGCGGAGGGCUGGGCUCCGCGCGGAGUGCGGCCAACCGGGACCGUAAAAGGCUGGAGCGCGCGGGUAGGUGUGGCUUUGCGUUCGUGACCGGAGCCCGGGUCCCUGUCGCCGUCGUGUCCCGAGCUGCGGCCUCUCAGCCAUGGGCGCCGUCUGGUCCGCCCUGCUGGUCGGAGGGGGUCUGGCCGGAGCGCUGUUCGUCUGGCUGCUGCGGGACAAGGGAAAGAAGGGGGACGCGGAGCGGGAGAAGGACGCCGCUCUGGGAAAGGCUGCGUCGGCCGGAGGCGAUCAGCGUGGCGGCAGCGGACUGAGCCCGGGACCUUCCAGGCGGGAGCCGAUCACCAAACCAGAGCAUCUUCAAGAAAGCAAUGGGUGUUUGGUUUCAGAGACCAAAGGCCCUGGCAGCGUGCAGGAAGCAGCGUGGAGACUGCAGAGUCCUCCUGGAGAACACGGUGACCAUGACAAUUCAAGACAGCAUGCUCCUUUUGGAUGGUUUCCGGAUGCACAAUCUGUAGCUACAUCUGCGAUCGCAGGCCACGUAGAAGCUUCAGGCAGCGAAAGUCAUGAAUCUCUUAUGGGAGAAUGGGGAUUCCAAAAAGGACAAGAGGUGCCUGCUAACGCAGCUCCAUGUUUGGCAGAGACACUGCCUUCUAGCAUCCUGCUCGUGGACAGAGGUGAAGACGACGUGAGCCUUGCCCAGCUGGACAGACAGGACUCGGAGGACUGGGAGAUGGUGUCCAGGCACUCGUCUUGGGGGGAUAUUGGCUUGGGUGGCAGUCUUGAGGCUCCGACGUUAAGCCCGAACCAGGGAGCGGACUAUGGCAGAAACAGUCUUGUGGAAGCAAGUGGUCAGGAAAUGGAUGUUAAGACAAAAAGGAUAGUGAUGACUUCAGAGUCUCAGCAAGUUAGUGUCAGGUUCCAGGUCCAUUAUAUCACCAGCACUAGGGUGCAGUUCGUUGCCGUCACUGGAGACCAUGAGAGGCUUGGGAGGUGGACCACUUACCUCCCCCUCCAGUACAGCUCGGGGGGGCUCUGGUCUCGUUCUGUCUCCCUGCCAGCAGAUACAGUGGUCGAGUGGAAGUUUGUGGUGGUAGAGAAGGGGCAAAUUACUCGCUGGGAAGAAUGCAGCAAUAGGCUGCUGCAAGUUGGCCGCGGGGAUACGUUGGUUCACAAGUGCUGGGGGAUUCACUGAUGCGGUUUGCAGGGGGUUGAAGAAACCGUUGCAGAAUAUGGAAGGGGCUCAGGUUGUGGAGCACACUCAAUAAUCGGAAAUAAAGGAGGUUUAACUCUAAGUUUAGCCGAGUUGUUUCAGAUUUGCUAGUGGCUUUUGUUUAAUGUGCAGAAAUAUGUACGUGGAUAAUGCUUCCAGUGAGUGUGGGCUUUUUCUGUGGCCGUGGUGAAUGGAUUAUGCUGACCCAUCAAUACUAUAGGGCUUGGUCCUCUAGGGGAGUGAUGUGGCUAAGCUUGGUCAGGGAGCACAAAAGCUAACCAGCUGCACAGGGUUCAAGCUUGAGCCUUUGGGUAAUCCUUAAAGCAGGGGAGUGAAACAAGUUGAUGUCCUUGUGUGCAGCUGGAGAAACGUGCUUUUAACUACAUGUACUAUACGCUUUAUGUUUAAAAAUAGUUGCCACCAUAUGGAACUGUGAGCAGAAAACAUCUGGUCAACUAGAUGUGAUUAGGAAGGUUAUGAGAUUUCCCAAUGUUUUUGGCUUGAUUUUACCUGCCUGGUAUGAUUUGAAGGUAGCAAGUAUGUCUUUGUCGUGUGAUCGAAGGCUAGUGUAGAAACAAGGGCCUAAUCAGAGUCCAUCAUCAAAAGCAGGCCAGGAGGAAAGGGAACAGAAAUGGGGUUGAGGUGAGGGCUAGCCAGGUGGCCUGAAUGCUAGCUCUUAGAGCACUGGGAGGUACAGGUAGACACACCUGACUGCAGGGAGGGACACACCCACCUGUUGGGGUCCAACCCCAGCAGGUCCAGGAGUUUCCAAAGGUGUGGACAGAGUCGGCAAAGGAGGAAUGACAUGGAAACAGCGUUCAGUUGAUCAUCAUAGCUAGGUUCUCCCUUUAUUGUCCUAUUACAUCUGUAUUUAUACCAGUUGAUUUUAAUCCUAUCCAUUCUAUUCCAAAGGUUAGGGCGUUUCUUAUCUCCAUUCCAAGGUUACUCUAUUGUUCUAUUAAGCUACAAGGAAGUAACUGAAAGAGAUUAUCCUAAGUAAAGAUUAUGUAGCUUAAGCGUGAUUGUUCAUAGUUAAAGUGAUUACUCGCCUGGCACUUAGUUAAGGGGUUUUAUUCCCUUCCUAACUCCAGGGAAAAAUCCCCACCUGGGGAAACAACCUUUCUCAGAGAGGUGACCUUGGUUAAAACAUAUAGCGCUAAGAAGGGGAGCAAACAUAUUAAGAACAGUAUGCCAUAUACGCCAGGUCCCUUGAAACAUAUGCUGUGCAGAUGUUUCUUCCCUGCAGUGACUGUGUCAAGCAGCAAGGGUGGAUCGGCUUCCGGCAAAUUCCCCCAUUUUUAUUUUUUAAAUGACAGCGCGUGUAUAUCAGUGGCCACCUCUCGGAUUCGGUUGUUUAAGCCUCAGAAGACUUGUUUGUGACUUUGCCAACAGGUCAGUCCGAGGCUUAACCCUAUAUCAGCUCCCCACACCCAUCCUUUACUCCUGGGCUGUUGUGGAACCAUCUGUGCCCAUGGCAACCGGGGGGG